GUAUCGACCGGCCUCAUUGGUCGACCGGCCGACCAAUGAGGACACACGUUGUUGCGUCGUAGUCGUCAGUAGUACAUGUGAGAGACUGCCACCAGACAACAUAAUAAUGCUCCGUCGAGAGGUUCGACUGAGGCGGGAGUACCUGUACAGGAAGGCCCAGGAGGACCGGGAGAGGACCAUCGAGGACAAGAAGGAGAAGCUGAAGGCUGCUCUCGAAGAGAAUCGUCUCCUCCCAACUGAAGUGCGAAAGGAUGCCCUGCAGUUACAGAAACUCCUGGAAUAUGACGACGAAGGCGCAGAAGGAGCCACCUCUCACAUGGACGAUGAGUACAAGUGGGCGGGCGUGGAGGACCCUAAGAUCAUGAUCACCACGUCAAGAGAUCCCAGCUCCCGCCUCAAGAUGUUCGCUAAGGAGGUGAAGCUUAUCUUCCCGGGCGCCCAGAGGAUGAACAGAGGAAACCACGAGGUGGGGUCCCUAGUGAAGGCCUGCAGGGCCAACAACGUCACCGACCUGGUGGUCAUCCACGAGACCAGAGGACAGCCAGAUGGCCUGAUGGUGUGCCACCUGCCGUUCGGGCCCACCGCCUACUUCACACUGUACAACGUGGUGAUGAGGCAUGACGUCCCCGACAUAGGCACCAUGUCCGAGGCCUUCCCCCACCUCAUCUUCGACAACUUCACCUCCCGCCUGGGCAGAAGGGUGUCCAACAUCCUAAAGUAUCUGUUUCCAGUGCCCAAAGAGGACAGCAAACGCGUGAUUACCUUCUCCAACCAGGAGGACUUCAUUUCCUUCAGACAUCACACCUAUAAGAAAACGGACCACAAGAACGUUGCCCUGACAGAAGUAGGACCCAGGUUUGAGAUGAAAUUGUACAUGAUCAAGCUAGGCACCCUGGAGAACGAGAGCGCCGCAGACAUCGAAUGGCGCCACCAUGCAUACACCAACACAGCCAGGAAGAGGAAGUUCCUCAGUGUGGAGUAGGAUCUAUGCCCCCACCCCCACUUCAUCAGUUCAGAUGAUGAUGAUUAUGUGGUCAUUAUGUUUUGCUAUGUGUUGUGAAUAAGGCAAGGGUAUGCAUUUUUACUGUAUCUUUGCGUAUAAUUUGUAUCUGAUCCAUUUAUGUGAUUAAAAUAUUUGUAAUAUCUAUUAAUUGUUUCAUUUAUGUACAAUUUUGAGUGAAAGGAAUUAAGAGUACUUUGAUUGAAUGUUUAAGAGGGGUUGAAAAUGGAAGUGCGUUAUAUGUUUCAAGAUGUAAACAGAUUCAAGAUUGCAAAGUGUAGCAUCAAAGUUGAAAUACUCACUAUAAUAAAAUAAACUCCACCGCUCGCGCACCUUGUA